AUGCGGGAGAGCUUGGAAAGGGCGAACUCUGACGUCUCCACCAUCAGUCCAAACUCUUGCUACAUGAGUAUGUAUCCCUCUCCAGCGCACUGUGGAACGCCUGCUCAUCAAUGCGGCACCCCCCUGCAGUGGACCCCGCACCGUGGGAGGAGUCCACAUCAAAGCCCCUCCUGGACGGAGGAUUACGCAGAUCACUCGCUGCGGAACUUCAUGAGAAAUCGCUUUGCCUCCACCGAGCCCGGGCUUUGUGAGCUCUUCGUGCUCUACGCCUCGCCGUUAGCAAACUGUUCGCCCAUCGACUUCCAGUCAGAGAUCGAUCGGAUCCUUUGCAGUGCCCGCGAAUCGGGUCGGCUACAGACAGGGCAGGUGCGGAUGCACGUGGGCAGCGCGUCGUCUGCUUCUUUGACGAAAAUGCUGACUUUGUCUCAUGCAAGGAGCCAAGGGCUGAUUCUGCAUCUGGCGGCUCACGGCGACGAGGCCGGUGGCCUUAUUCUGGAGAGCACUCGCGGCACUGGUGAAGCUCACGCUUGUACACAUGAGAAGCUGAUGAAGAUCUUGAACCUGGGAGGCCGAGGCCUGAGAGGCGUUUCGCUCCUCUUCCUCAGCUCCUGCAGCUCAAAGAAGCUCGCCCAGGUGUUCAUUGACAGUGGCUGCCAGCACGUCAUUGCGACCAGCAGGCCGGUGUUAGACACGACGGCGCGGGUCUUUACCGAGCGCUUCUACGGGGCGCUGUUUGUUGGCAAGUCCAUUGCCUCAGCCUUCGAGCACACCAAGGAGGCAUUGCUGGCCAGCUCCCAUCCCGAGGUCGCUGAUCAGUCCAACGCGUACCACCUGCUGAGCAAGCCAGAAGGCAGAUGGGCACCGGCUCGGUAG